UUCCGGUCUGGUUUGCAAGAAAUCUUAUUUUCCCAGUGAACGAUCACUGGUUUUACAGGUUGCUUGCGUUUGGAACAAAAGGGGUCGAGGAAGGCCUUCCGGAACAGCAAACCUGGACUCCCCACUCGACCGUGGUGCCCUGAUGGAUACGUCGGAGCCCAGCAGUGCGACGGAGGAGGAGGAGGAGAAAGUGACGGCCGAGCUGCGCCCCAGGACCCGCUCGAACCCCGAGGGCGCCGAAGACCGCACCCUGAGCACCCAGGCGAGCGUGGGCAGCCGCAGCGAGGGGGAAGGGGAGGCAGCCAGCACGGGGGACAGCCCCCAGAGCGCCACGGCCACCAAUGGGAAAGGCUGGCCUCCUACAGUCCCACCCACCGAGUUCCAAGUCAGGACGCCACGGGUCAACUGCCCGGAAAAAGUGAUCAUCUGCCUUGACCUCUCGGAGGAAAUGUCCCACUCGAAACUGGAGUCGUUCAACGGAUCCAAAACCAACGCUCUGAACAUCUCCCAGAAGAUGAUAGAGAUGUUCGUCCGGACCAAGCACAAAAUCGACAAGAGCCACGAGUUUGCGCUGGUGGUGGUCAACAACGACGUCACCUGGCUCUCUGGAUUCACCUCUGAUCCUAGAGAAGUUUGCAGCUGUUUGUAUGACCUGGAGACAGUGGUGUGCAAGUCCUUCAAUCUCGAAGGUCUUUUCAGCCUCAUACAGCAGAAGACAGAACUGCCCGUGACGGAGAAUGUGCAGAGCAUCCCACCGCCAUACGUGGUCAGGACCAUCCUGGUUUAUAGCCGCCCGGCUUGCCAUCCCCCGGUCACAAUCACGGAACAGAUGAAGAAAAUGCUCCAGUGCCCUUAUUACUACUUUGACGUGCUCUACAUCCACAAUGGCUCUGAGGACAAAGAGGAGGAAACCAGCUGGAAGGAGACCUUUGCUUUCUUCAGCAACCUGGACAGCAAAGGCACCAACUACAAAUACGAAGUGUCCCUAACCGGACCGGCCGUAGAGCUGCACAACUGCAUGGCCAAACUCCUUGCCCACCCCCUGCAAAGACCCUUCCAGACCCACGCCUCCUACAGCAUGCUGGAGGAAGAGGAGGCGGUGGAGAUUGAGGCUGUCGUGUGACUUGGGGGGGAGAUGCGGACCCGAGGGGGACACACACAGAGACACUCUCUCUCUUUGCAAAGCAUCUGCCAGGCCAGCAAAUGUACCAGUAUCUCUGCAGCCAACAUUCCUCGUGUCCUUAGCAUUGUUGGCGAUUUAACUCUCUGGGUGUUUCUUCCGUAAAUGCAAGCUGUCUGUCAGUCCCCGCCCCCCUCACCAAAGCUGUUGCCAGAUAUUGUUGGGGGCUGGGGUAAAUGACCUAGGGGUGUAAGAAGUUGGCUACCCUCCUUUUUCGUGGUCUGUAGUGAAGUGGGCAGAGAGGAAGGGAAAAGGGGAUGUUGAAUGUCAACUGAUUAAAAAGGCCUUUCCAAUGGU